AUGGGGAUAGUCCUGAUACGCAACGAAGUGGAGUCCAUUAAUGACUGCCGACCAGUACAAAUCAAGCUACAUUUGUGCCAGGAGAACAGCAAUACCGCUUUCUACGACUCUCCAACAUACUCACCAGUAGUCGGCGAGUUUGCCUACUCUUCAGAGCCGAUGCACACUGAUGUAAUUGAUGAAUCUGCCCUUUGGAAAAUGGUUCGAGAGCAAGAGGCAGAGUUGCGGAGGGCCCACUAUAACCUUCCACGAACCGAUCCUCCGAUCACUACGAACAAGGUGGAUGAGGAAAAGACUACAGAAUUCGAAACAUCGGCAGUAUUGAUUACACCAAGGUUGUAUGAAUUGAGCACAUCAUCAGAGGAAGAGGACUACGAGGUCAAGGGACCUCCUAAUUCAAAAGAUCCCCUCGAGGUGGGUGUUACAGCGGCUGCAUUAAAAGGAUUAGAUGACCUUUUGGAUCCUGGACACGGUAGGGGUACGUCGAUUGGCGAUUGA